AUGGAUGACCCAAUCGCAGCACCUGAGCUACUUUCAUCUACAGAAAGAGUUCACCAGUACAUUGAAAAGACUCUUGCAGCAGUCCUCGACCAACUCUUGAUGGCCGACGGCCAACCCGCCAUCACAUUGAAGCGAAGGACAACCCACGCUACAUUCUUCAUUAAUUCAAGGAACGGGGCUCUCGAAAGUACCGAUACAGAGACAAUCAUCAGCUACUCCUGGCCUGGGAAAGAUGCUUACGAGGCCUGGAGGUUUACUGUUGCUAUGCGGAUUCUCUCAGCUAUUGCGGAAGCAAUCCAUUCCGGUCUGGUCAUCUCAAAAAGAGACAUAUAUUAUGGUGAUCCCGUCUGCUUCGGGACGCAGAGGGUGGUUGAUGGUCUUGUUGAUGACUUUGCGCUUACCAUCGGGGUACAACGAUCGGAUUUGAAUGUGGAAGCAGCUGCGAAAGGGCUUGUAACUGGCUACUACCAGCUCAUAACCACGAAAGACGAGGUCAUUGAUGCUCGAUUUUCUACCAAGGAUUGCUUGAUUCCAAUGGCACACGAGGUAGCUCAGAUUGAUAUCUCAAAUGUUUCAUGGGCUAUAUAUCGCCGACUCGCAAGCAGCAGUUUCCACACCCGAGCUGCGGCUGGCAACGGCAUCCUAAUCACGGUAGGCACAUACAUCUCUCGCAUUCUCCUUCGUUCAUGCAACAGAACUCAAAUCUUCAUACAGGGAAAAGGCUACCCGGACCUAGGCACCAGGGCAUUUGUGCGCAAGAUCUUCGAAAGUCAACCGCAACCGGAUAAUGGGCCGCGUUUCUAUGCGCUGGUAGAUAGUGACCCUGAUGGUAUGGCGAUUAUGUCUACCUAUAAGUACGGCUCGAUGGCCCAUACUCGCAACAACGGACAUCUCAAUGUGCCGUCGCUUCGCUGGCUGGGCCUACGCACGUCUGAUGUUGUGUGUGAUGCGGAGUCUCUGGGAGACGAGACAUUGAUUCGUUUGACGAUGAGAGACCGGAAGAAGGUUGUCUCGAUGUUAACUAAGAACCCUGUGUGGGCGGUUGAUGGCCCAGAACUAGAAUGGCGGGCUGAGCUGCUGCGAAUGCUCAUGUUGAAUGUGAAAGCCGAGACUGAGAUUCUAUAUCAUCGACACGGGGGUCUUGAAGGGUGGAUCAACCGACAAAUGGAGAGAAUGUCAGGGUACCUGUUAUGA